CGUACUUCCUACUUUGAAUUUAACCAAUUGUCUAAUGACUCUAUUGUAGGAUUUAACAAUAACGAAUAGCUACUACAAAACAAAAUAAAUUAAUGAAUAUUAAAUAAAGUCAUAUAUAACAUAAAAGUAUCGGUACAGAUGCAAAAAAGGAAAUAUUGAAUGGUAAAAAGUUAAACUUAAUAGUAUUACAUGUACCAAACCAACGCAUAUAAGAAAAUUAUUACAAAAUGUCUAGAGUUAUAUUAGGUGGAGGAAUUACAGGACUUUCUUCUGCAUAUUAUCUAUCAAAAAACUUGCCAAGUCAACCAACAAUCUUAGUUGAAGCCUCUGAUCGACUUGGAGGAUGGAUAAAGUCAGACAUUGUAAACGAUAAAUUAAUCUUUGAACAAAGUGCAAGAACUUUAAGACCUGGGGGACCAAAUGGCAUUAAUACACUUUCUAUGAUCGAAGAUCUGGGUAUAAGCGAUCAAAUAUUACCUAUCACCAUAAGACAUCCAGCAACAAGGAAUCGGAUGAUAUAUUCCAAUGGGCGGCUUCAUUCUUUACCCUCAAGUAUAUCGAGUAUGUUUACAACACAGCCACCUUUCUCAAAACCACUAAUAAGGUAUUUAAUGCAAGAUUUGGUUGCCGUUAAGAAAACGGUAAAGGACGAGUCAAUUUAUAAUUUCGUUAAUCGCAGAUUUGGCACAGAAUUUGCGGAUUACCUCAUAAGCCCUUUAGUGUCAGGCAUAUGCGCAGGAGAUGCCAAGGAAAUAAGCGUUAGAUUUCUCAUGAAAACGCUAUUUGAAUAUGAACAGGAACACGGAAGUAUAUCAAAAGGAAUAAUAAGAAAUGUUUUUACAAAAUCUAAUAAAAGCGAACUGCAAGGUUUGUCACUAAAAGCAAAGAAGGAAAAAUGGCAAAUAUAUUCGUUCAAGAAAGGCUUGGAAACAUUGCCUAAAGCCAUGUCCGACUACAUUAAGAAACGUCAAGUUAACAUUUUGCUCAAUUCUAGGUGUAACCAGUUAGAGUUCCUUCAUGAUGGAGUACUACUGCAUUUUGGAAAUGGACAAAGUUUAAAAACUUCUCAUGUAGUGAGUUCCAUACCCUCCGAGAGUCUUGGAUCGAUUCUACGUGGUCAGCAUCCGGUAUUAGCAAAUUUAUUGAGCGAUAUUAAAAGUGUUACUGUGGGUGUCGUUAAUCUAUGUUAUAAAGGGAACAUCAUAAAAAACCCAGGCUUUGGUUUCCUGAUACCCCCAAAAGAGAACUUGCCUAUUUUAGGCGUUAUAUACGACAGUUGCAGCUUUCCAAGAAGUGACGAUACAGUGUUAACCGUUAUGAUGGGUGGGUGGUGGUUUACGGACUUAUUCGGCAAAAAUCCACACGAGGACGUUUUGUUACAAACUGCCAGGGAACAGGUUGGUAAUAUAUUGGGGAUUCUUGAAAAGCCGACGCAUUCCAAGGUUAAAAUUCUCAAAAACUGUAUUCCUCAAUAUGUUGUUGGUCACAGUGAAAAAAUAGACAAGGUACAGAUCUACAUAAGUGAACAUAAACUUCCACUUUCGAUUUGUGGGGCUUCCUAUUUUGGGGUCGGUGUUAAUGAUGUUAUUAUGUCGGCCAAGAACGCUGUUAAUAAUUUAUUAAGUACAAGUCAUUGAUAGGAUUUACUUGUUGAAUCAUUAGUUCGAUAGUUUUUGUUUGUUCUUUAUAAUAAAAUUAAUAUAAUUCUGA